AUGUACGAGGAAACCACGACCACAUACUACACUACCCGUACCGACUUCCGGCCCCAAUAUGAGGGCGUUUCCAUAAACGCCAAUCUUGAUCCCAGCUACCUGCGCACUUUGCCAGGUAUGUUGAAGGUGCUGGUGAUUGUCCUCGACUUCCUCUGCUUCUUUUGCGUUCUGGUUGGAGGUCCUGGAUAUUACGCUGGGGUUGGAUUUGCGACUUUUGUUUCUGUGAUCGGCUUUAUGAUCAGUUUGAUAUUACUCAUAUUAUAUCUAUGUCAUAUUGUGGAUGGACUGGAGAACAUUCCAUGGAUUCUUGGAGUAGGUUGAUUCCUGUGUUGAGGAUUGUGAUUCAACUACAAGUAUGCAAUCUUGUUGUUUAGGAGAUGGUUUUCUGCUUCGCCUGGACGAUCUUCUUCUUCAUCGCUAGUAGUGUCCUGGCCGUGGCUUCCGUGUCGCAUCGCGGAACAAUGGGAUGGGCGUUGGCAGCAGUAAGCACACUUUUACAUUUACCUUAUCUUAACUCGUCUAUUAUCCUUAUUACAAUUGUUUACAGUUCUUUGCGAUCGCUGCCAUGUGUGCCUACGGAUUGGACUGUUACCUGAAGUUCCUGGCAUGGAAAAAUGAUGAAGUUGCUAAGGGAGGAGGGGUCACAUACAAUCCCCGAAGUCGCGUAGAUCACAUUUAA